CGUGAUCUGAUAGUACGCUUACCAGCGCAAACCACGUCAUUAUUUCUACUCGGCACGAGCCAUGCCCUUUCUCUUUACUUUUCCCUCUUUGCUCUUGGCGUGUCUUUAUAAGCAAGCGCAAUAAAGGACGCAAGCAGUUUUUCGCCCUUCACCAUGUCGGCCUGGUCGAUGCUUUGCACACGCCCAUAACGCACGGAACUUUACAUGGUGUCAGAAGUGGCCGCCCAGUGCAACACUAUCCAGCGGGAGCAGAACCUCGGGUGCACCCAGGAGCAGACAUGGAUGUGCUGAAGCCACCGGGACCACUACUCAUGACAGGUGAUAUGGGCAAGAAUUGGCAACGGUUUAAGCAGAUGCUGGAGCUCUACUUCACGGUAACAAAGCCGCAUGACAAACCCCUGAGCAAGGAAGCGAAGACAGCAGUACUACUGAGCUUAGCAGGGGAGGACGCAUUAGCAGUUUUCAACAACUUCUCCUUCAGGGAAGGUGAAAGGAAAGAAGACUACGAUACCGUCGUAGUCAAGUUUGACGCAUACUGGGCUGCUCAAACAAACGAAGUCUACGAGCGGUAUCUGUUCCGAAAGCGGAUGCAGACAGCGGGGGAGAGUUUUGAACAGUUCGCACGAGACGUGAGGAUGCAAGCCCGAUCGUGCAAUUUCGGAGAGCUAACAGACUCCAUGAUUCGCGACCAAAUUGUGAUCGGCGUUAGCAAUGACAGCCUCCGGGCCAAACUCCUGCAAGAUAACGAGCUCACGCUGGCCAAAGCCGAAAAAAUAUGCAAGGCAUCAGAGGUAGCUGCUUUGCAAUGCAAAGCAUGGUCAGAUAAAGUAAACCAAGUAGAUCCAGUGAAUGUCGCUCGGAUCUCAACCAAGCAUCCAAAAAUGUUGAAAUGCUCACGUUGUGGCAGAGAACACAGGCCACGCGACUGCCCAGCUUAUGGCAAAACUUGCAGAAUCUGUAACAGAAGGAAUCACUUUGCUGUUUGCUGCAGAAGAGCGGCGCGUGUAGAUGAGCUCCAGGAUGACGGUGAUGGCAACGACUUUGAAAUUUUAGAUGUGUGUACCGGUAACAUACGGAAUGAACGAGAUUGGAUGGUGAUAGCGAGCCUUGGCGGCGACGAACUAAAAUUCAAAGUCGACACGGGAUCUCAAGCUAACCUCAUACCGUAUUCAGCCUACAGGAAGCUGCGGCCAAUGCCGCCUGUCAAACGCAGCAACACCACUUUGCGGUCAUACGAUGGGGCCAUCAUCAAACAUCUAGGCGUCAUCAGCCAAGAAGUAGUCAUCGGUGACAGACGCCAGCACUUGGACUUCUUCGUCUCCAAGAAAGGAAGACAGGCACUGCGCUGGCUCAAGGCAAGUGAAAUGCUCGGGCUAGUUACCAGGACAGUCGACGCAGUAGCAGCAAGCAGCUCCGAACAAGUAAUGCAGGAAUUCGGCGAGCUAUUCCAAGGCACCGGCUGCGUACAGCGACACUACAAGAUGGUCCUGUCUGCGGAUGCUGUCCCAGUGGUUCAAGCUGCCCGACGAGUUCCUUUGGCCCUAAAAGAACCACUUCGCAACGAGCUGAAGCGGAUGGAGCAAGCGGGCAUCGUGACAAAGGUCAACGAACCGACUGAAUGGGAAAAGAACUCAUCUUGGCAGACAUGCUAUCGCGAGCCACAGCCGUGAUGCCGGACCAGGGCGAUGCGGACGCUGAUGCCGAUGUGGA